GCCUUAGCGUUUUCUGUUCUCCGCAGCUCUUCCUUCCGCCUCUUGUUUUUUUGGUUCUCCCUCCCCUUCGUCGGUUGUUCAGGGGUGGAAGGAGUCUUGGCCGGGGAGGUCCAUCUCGUCGUCCUCCUCUUUUUCGGAACCCUAGAAGUUAGCGUCUGGAGAAGAAACCCUAGGCUCUCGAUCUUGGCUUCUCCGCAGGCGGAGAGAUCUCUCUCGGUGUCUUCGAUGUCGUGCAGCUGCCUUGUUCUCCAAGAAGUGGAAGACGGGGAGGAGGCCAAGUCCAAGACUAGGGUUUCUUCUUCUUCUUGUUCUUUUUCUAGUUUGUAUUCGGGGUCUCGGAGAUGUCGGUCGGAGAACAUGUUCCCGAUCUACGCCAUGGGGAAUUGGAAGCUGAAUUCCAUUGCCCGGACGAUCCUUGAUUCCGAUGGCGACCCCAUUUGGGACUCUGUGAGGGCCGAAGCUAAAUCCGAGGCUGAGAGGGAGCCAAUUUUAAGUAGCUUUUUGUAUGCCAGUGUUUUAUCUCAUGAUUGUUUAGAGCGGGCAUUGGGGUUUGUACUUGCUAACAGGCUCCAGAACCUGACACUGCUGGCUACUCAACUAAUGGACAUUUUUGAUGAUGUUAUGAUAAAGGAUAGAGGUAUUGGACGCUCCAUUCGUUUGGAUGCUCAGGCAUUCAAAGAUAGGGAUCCUGCAUGUGCAUCAUAUAGCUGGGCACUAUUAUAUCUUAAGGGCUACCACUCUCUGCAAUCAUAUCGUAUAGCACAUGCUUUGUGGAACCAAGGACGUAAGGUCUUAGCCUUAGCAUUGCAAAGUCGAAUUAGUGAGGUCUUUGCCGUAGAUAUACACCCAGCUGCAAGAAUUGGAGAUGGAAUAUUAUUGGAUCAUGGAACAGGUUUAGUUAUUGGUGAAACCGCUGUUGUAGGAAAUUGUGUCUCUCUAAUGCAGGGGAGGUUUAUUUCCUUCCAUGUGAAAAUUUGGUCACAGGGUGUUACAUUAGGAGGGACUGGUAAGCAAAUUGGAGAUCGGCACCCUAAAAUAUGUCAAGGUGCUCUUAUUGGAGCUGGUGCGACAAUCCUUGGUAAUAUUGUAGUAGGUGAUGGUGCUAUGAUUGCAGCUGGUUCCCUUGUCUUAAAGGAUGUUCCUCCGCACAGCAUGGCAGCAGGAAAUCCGGCUAGGGUAGUUGGUUAUUUAGAAGAUGAAGAUCCAUCUCUAACCAUGAAGCAUGAUGCUAGGAAGGAUUAUUUCGAACAUGUAGCUGUUUCUUCUACGGAUGGGAGAGCUAAUGGGACUUUUCACUGCAAAAAGGAAAGUUGAAUGGGAGAUGCAGAGUUUAGAUAUAUGAUGCGGCCCUCUGUGCCUCAUCGGCAUUACCAGCUGGCUAAUGCUAUGUUAGACACCCCCUUCUUAAAGGGGCAGUUGGGGUAAUGCGCUUUUCCCAAAUCCUCCUUGGAGGGGUCCAACACCAAAAAUAAUGUUACUUGGACAUAAUGCUUAGAAUACAAUUUGUUGUUUUACUUGUUAAUUUGUGUGAUAUAUAGUGUUUGUGGUUAUAGUUAACUGAGAUGUCAAAAAUUUUGGUAUGAAAUACAAUAUUAACAAUGUUUCUUGAUGUUUUAGUAUGGCUUUCGUUUUCUUUUGAAAUGAAGCCGCUGUGCAAGUCAUGAGAAAAAUUACAGAAACUUUCAUUGAAGUUCUUGUUGACCUGAUGUAAUGAUGAAUAAACAAAAUCUAUUUUUUGAGGAAAAAUGAUAAGCAAGGAGGGUACAUGUCAAAAUUUUGUGAUUUCUGUGAUA